GGAUUAUCGAUGAGCUUCAUUCCCAUCCACCUUGCACUGAAUGACUUUUUCCCAGAAAAAUAUGUUUUGAUGAACACUAUAUGUUUAUAUGGUUACACUGCCGGUUCUAUGUUGCUCCCAAUUUUGAUGGAGAAGUCACUUCAAGCCUAUGGUUACUAUGGGGCGUUUCUCAUCCUUGGGGGUGUGGCCUAUAACUCCAUGGCGUGCGCAACAACACUUCGGAAGGUACCAAUGAGGUUCACCUCGAAUGAAGCUCAAGAUCAUAUCACAUCGAAUGACCGGAAGUGUGUCUCUCGAACAAAACCACUGCCUGAAGAAACCCCGUUGUUUCGUCAAAUCCAAGUGGAGGAUGAGGAAGAAGAACAUGAAGAAGGAUUGCCAGAACAAACGGGACUGAUUCAGUCCAAGAUGUGUCGCAUUAAUGAGCGGGAGAUACCAUUGAAAUUGCAAUCCACUUGCAUAAGAACAUUCUUUCAAGCCUGCAAAGAUUCUUGUGGAUUAUUCAAAGAGCCCCUUUUUGCCACCACCAUCCCUAUUCAAUUCCUUCAAGCGUACACAAGUUAUUCGUGGAUGUUAUUUUUAGUCCCCCAUACCGAACAACUGGGUAUCCCAUCUUCUAAAGCUGUCUACCUCUCCACAAUUGGUGGUAUAGGUGGUAUCAUCGGUCGCACAGUCUUCAUAGUUUUCCUCAGUAAAGGAGUCAAUGCUUUUGCCGUGUACAUCCCUGUAGGUUGCGUCUGCACUGCAACAUUUCUGCUGGACUUCGUCAGCUCUGAUUACAGGUCACGUGUUGUAUUGGCCUUUCUCCAGGGAUUUUCGUUCUUUAUCGAAGAUACCAUGCUUUCAACAUUGUGCAAGGAGGCAGUCUUUGACGACAUGAAUACGGGCACGGCGUUGACGACCAUUGCAUUCUGGACCGGAAUGGGUGCUACAGCUGCAGGAACAUUCACAGGAUACUUGUAUGACAUCACCCAGUCAUUUACGAAGGUCUUUAUCAUCCUAGGCAUCACCCACGCCUUCAAAGUCGGUCAUCUCUUUAUCGUGGCGAUCAUCCUUAUCAAGAGAAAGCGGUAGUAUGCCGCGGUGAUAAUCUUUUAUCAGAGGUUACGCCACAAACUCAAGAGGUCGCACUGGUUUGUGACAGAAAUUAAAUGAACGACUCGGGGUGUGGCGAUCGUCAUCAAGGAAUAUUGGAUAUUACAUUAACUGAUAUAGCGGUUUUAAUAGGAACAAAUUGAGCAUGGACUCUUCAAUUAAAUCCCUAGGUAUCCAGCUAAACAACAUAUUUUCAGGAUCAUGAACUCUGUGUAUUUUGUUGCUUGAAAAAUGUGUCUACAAUAGAUUAUAUUCAUUUUGUCUAAAUAGCUUAAUUCUCAUUGAUUCACAAUAUGGGUUUAGAAAAAAAAUCACUUACCUGCACAUGCUUUAAUAGAGUUACAAGAUAAAGUUUUGACAGCUAUUUUGCAAACAAAUUUGGCAUUAGAAUUUUCAUGGACCUCUCUAAAGCUUUUAAUGUUGUUAAUCACAAAAUACUUCUUUCC